AUUAAAACUCCUGUCAGUGUAGUGAAGUUAGCUGGCUUCUUUUAUUUCUGUAGGUAUCGGGAGCUGGAGGAGAAGCUUGAUUACCUGCAGAAGAGUUCAGCUCAGCGGGACAGAACUGAAGCUCUGCUCAAACAAAAGGAUAAGGACUGUGCUCAGCUGGCCAAGGACUGUGAGGCUCUGAAAGCUCAAGCAACUUCCCUAUUAGGAGAGCUGAAUGAGAGACAGACCUGCCUGGAGAAAAGCGAGCAGGAACGCAAACAGCUAGAAGAAAAGCUGUGCAGUAAGGUGAAGUCCCUGCAGGUGGCAGAGCGGGAGCUGGAGCAACAGAGGAAGCAGCAUCAUGUGGCCAUGGACAAGCUGCUGCUGCAGAAGGACAACCUGGAGCAUGCCCUGAAGACAGAGAGACAUGUUGUCACAGAGGAGAAGUGGGUUCCACACACAGAUAGCAGUGACCCAACUGGUUAUUACAUGUCUGCACUAUU